AUGAAGGUUGUUCUGUUUCUGAAUGGACUAGCUAGGGAAUAUGACCCUAUUGCUACUGUUAUCCAGAGUUCUCUGUCUCGUUUACCGGCUCCUACAUUUAACGAUGUGGUUCUUGAGGUCUCUAGUUUCGACUCGAAGUUGCAGUCGUAUGAAUCUGCUUCAGAUGUCUCGCCAAAUCUAGCUUUUCAAGCUCAAAGGGGUGGUUUCUCUGGCUAUCGUGGUCGAGGAUCGAACUCUCGUGGUCGAGGAGGUCGCAACUUCUCUACUCGUGGUCGUGGUUUCUCUCAACAGGUCAACAACUCUGGUUGGAAUCAGUCUCAGUCUGGAGUAUCUAACAACAUUCGUCCUGUGUGUCAAAUUUGUGGAAGAGUUGGUCAUGUUGCUCUUAAGUGCUGGAACAGGUUUGAUAACACUUAUCAGAGUGAUGACGUACCACAGGCUCUUGCUGCUCUUCAGGUCUCAGAUAGUUGUGGUCGAGAGUGGGUUACAGAUUCCGGUUCCUCUGCACAUGUUACGUCUACACCAAAUCAGUUGUCUGCAGUUACACCCUACAAUGGCCCAGAGACUGUAAUGGUUGGUGAUGGGGCUCAUCUUCCCAUUACUCAUGUUGGUUCCACGACACUCACCACGAAUGCAGAAAGUGGUGACCAAAGGACCUCGUCGUAAGACUUUGUAUAUGUUGGAGAACAAGGAGUUUGUGGCCCUCUUCUCAAAUAGACAGUGUGCGGCAAGCGACAUGGUGUGGCACCAACGUUUAGGACAUGCAAACUUUCAAGUUCUUCAGCAUUUAAGGAACAGCAAGGCGAUAACAAUUAAUAAGAGCAGCACUUCUCCUGUUUGUGGACCUUGCCAAAUGGGAAAGAGUAGUCAAUUACCGUUUUUUAAUUCUGAGUCUCAUUCAAAAGAACCCAUUGAUCGAAUUCAUUGUGAUCUUUUGGGACCCUCUCCAGUUGUAUCAGUUCAAGGCUUCAAAUAUUAUGCAGUUUUUGUUGACAAUUUCUCUCGUUACUCUUGGCUAAUUCCAUUAAAGAGGAAGUCUGAUUUCUAUGAUGUGUUUCUGGUCUUUCAAAAACAAGUUGAAACUCAGUUUGCCAAGAAAAUAAAGGUUUUUCAGAGUGAUGGAGGAGGAGAGUUCAUGAGUACACGGUUCAGGAAGCAUUUACA